AUGCCUUUCCCGACCCCAUGGAGCGCUGGCACGACCUUCCCGAUGGACGAUGAGGAGUUUCAACCCAGCGAAUUCUACCCUCCCAGCGCUGAUACUAUGGCUUCUCCUACGGUCCAACCGGAGUUCACAGUAAUGUACGACGGGCCCUAUCCACAUUGCAGCGAUGAGUCAAAAACGACAUCCGCAAACAAAUGGUUCCGCAGGUUCAAAGACCUCGUGUUUCCCAUGCUUCCUAGGAAGCAUCAACAAUUCCCGGUCAAAAUUGCCGUUCUCGAUACAGGAAUAGAAUUCAGCAGAUUUUCUGAACGGGAAUGCAGGAGAAUUAGAGAUGCAAAGAGUUUCGUCCCGAACGAGGAUUGGACUGACCGAGAGGGCCACGGCACGCAAGUGACCUCGCUGCUUCUCGACGUGGCCUACAACGCCCACAUCUACGUUGCCCGAGUACUUGGGGAGAGUAACCUCAAUGAACCUGCGCAAAUCAUUGCCGAUGCGAUCCGCUACGCCACUGAUACGUGGAAAGUCGACAUUAUUAAUAUGUCGUUUAGCUUCGAUUUCGACCAGGGAGUCAUCAGUGACGCGAUCAAACAUGCCUACGUUGCAAACGUGCUCAUGUUUGCCGCAGCUCGCAACGACGGCGGUAACUUCGGCGUCGCCUUUCCCGCAAGGCACAAGGAUGUUAUCUGUAUCAGCGCCACUGAUGGCGAUGGCAUAGCAAGCUCUUUUAGCCCUCCCGUGUUCGAUCCCGGUGAUAAUUUCGCUACUUUAGGCGAAGGACUGAUGUUACACUCUUUGGAAGGUGACCUCAUCUCGAUGGAUGGGACAUCGUAUGCCACCCCCAUUGCUGUCAGCAUGGCUUCUCUAGUGUUGGAGUACGUGCGGGAAAACUUUCCGGACGGCAAAAAGGACGAGGUGGAGAGGUGGCUAAAGGGAAGUCCGGACGGCAUGCGGGCUGCGCUAAACCUCAUGUCCCACAAAAGGAAUGAUCACCGCUACAUUGCACCGUGGAAACUGUUUGACGCCAGGGAGGAAGAAGACAACGUGUAUAUACGUCUCAUGUUUGCGCUGAAGAACCCAGAUUUCUGGUCGCAUUGA